GCGCUGCGGAAGGAUAUUUCACCUUGUUUACCCUGAAACCGGCUCAUUCAGUGAGAGAGUGAGUGGAGGUGGGGAGGGAAGAGACUGGGGGGGGGGGGGGCAGGGCGGGUUGGCAGGCUCGCUCUGUGAUUGAUGGUGCCUUGGCUCAAUGAGGAGGCGGCUCAGUGUGGGGUGGGCUUCUCCUCUGAGCCAGUCUGCCGUGCGGCGGCGGGGACUGUGCAGUCAGCCUUUGCGCUGGGGCACGGUGUAAAUGUGCUGCUGGAGCUGCUGACAUUGAGUAGUGAGGCAUAGCGCGAGCUAGAGAGAGAAUCCCAGCCACGUAAGUAGCUAUUAAUACAUGGUGGAGGGAUGAUGCCUUGCUGAAAGGGAUCGGCCCGGCCAUCCCUUUCUUCCCCCUUCUCCUGCCUCUAGGAAAUAUAUCAGAUCCCGGCAAUAUAUAUAUAUUUUUUUUUUGCGAGUGAUUGCAAUUUCUCUUCCCCCGCCCUGCACAUUCCCCGACCUUAGAGAAAGGAAACCACCAGGAUUUUUUCCCCCUGCAGUUUAUUUUGUUUUCUUUUGUGCGUGAAUUCUAUUAAAGCGCCUGGAGGCCCUGCGAGAAAACACACGGGGGGAAAAUAAACCAACAAAAAAACCCCUCGUGCAAUGGAUAUCUAAGACUCUUGAUCGUGUCCUUGAUUGCACUUUUUCUUUGAUUAAAACAACAACAAAAAUCUUGCGUUGCAUAAUUGUGUGGAUAUUUGUGCACAUUUGUUUUUGGUUUUGCAGUUCACUCUGUUGGGGGGAAAAAAAAUCCGAGGCAAACCGAAGUAUUUGUGCAGGUUUUUUUAUAGCUAUACUGUCUCUUUUGUCGGCUCUGCUGCUGCCGCUGACCGCUCUUUUAAGUUAAAUGCUCCCUCUAUUUUUUGGUGAAUUUCUGGAUAGCCCUUGCUAUCAGAGGAAAGGUUCAGACGCCAUCUACAGUUAAAACGUAGGCAACUUUCUUUUUUUCCCUUUCGCCUUGUAUUAAAAAGAGAGAAAGAGAAAGGACAAUCCAGUCCUUUAUGCAGCACGUUACUUAACCUUUUUGGGGUUGAGCGAAUAAAAAAUUUUAGUGGGCGUUUAGGACACCAGAGACUGAUACCGAAUCAGCCUCCCCCUUCCUUUUCCCCCCUCUUUGCUCUAUUUAUAUUGCAGCCUCCCUGCGAGGCUGCGUUCGAAAACCGAACGUUGCAGCUCUCCACGUUCUCAAAUUAGUUACUUUGUUGCUCUCUGAAAAAGACAAAACCCAACAGUCAAACGAGUCGGUUGCCGUACAAGAAACAAAAGGACCUCCGGCUAAAUCCUCUUUCUCUGAUCACACGGGUCUCAGCACGCUGCUCUGAAGCUGAUCCGCUUGCAAAACAAUCGCUUUGAUAUUAUUGUGGGUUAUUAUUUUUGGUACUAUUAAUCUACGUAACCCACCCCCUUUAAUAACAACAGAAAGGCAGCUGCAGCUGGACUGGCAAGUGACUGAUCUUCUUAACUCAGGGGUUUGGUAUAUAACUUUGGUUGGUUCUUUCAAUACCCAUGAACAUACAAAGGUCAACCCCUAUCACAAUAGCGCGAUAUGGGAGACCUCGGAAUAAAAACCAGGAUUUUGAAGAACUCUCGUCUAUAAGAUCUACCGAGCCAAGCCAGAGUUUUAGUCCGAACCUAGGCUCUCCGAGCCCGCCAGAGACUCCUAACUUGUCGCAUUGCGUUUCUUGCAUCGGGAAAUACUUAUUGUUGGAGCCUCUUGAGGGAGACCACGUUUUCCGAGCCGUGCAUUUGCACAGUGGAGAGGAGCUGGUUUGCAAGGUAUUUGACAUUGGUUGCUACCAAGAGUCAUUAGCACCGUGUUUUUGUUUACCUGCACACAACAGUAUCAACCAAAUUACUGAAAUAAUUCUUGGGGAGACAAAAGCAUACGUGUUCUUUGAAAGAGGCUAUGGGGAUAUGCAUUCUUUUGUUCGUACUUGCAAGAAGCUUAAAGAAGAAGAGGCAGCAAAACUGUUCUACCAAAUAGCUUCUGCUGUUUCGCACUGUCAUGAUGGUGGACUGGUUUUGCGGGAUCUCAAACUGCGAAAAUUUAUCUUUAAGGAUGAAGAAAGGACUAGAGUAAAACUGGAGAGUCUAGAAGAUGCAUAUAUUUUACGAGGAAAUGAUGACUCUCUUUCUGAUAAGCAUGGAUGCCCGGCCUACGUGAGUCCAGAGAUCUUGAACACAAAUGGCAGCUACUCUGGCAAGGCAGCAGAUGUAUGGAGUCUAGGUGUCAUGCUUUACACAAUGUUAGUUGGACGCUAUCCUUUCCAUGACAUUGAGCCUAGUUCUCUCUUCAGCAAGAUCCGUCGUGGGCAAUUUAACAUUCCAGAGACUCUCUCCCCCAAGGCAAAAUGCCUUAUACGUAGCAUACUGCGCCGGGAGCCAUCGGAACGGCUGACUUCACAGGAAAUUCUGGACCAUCCCUGGUUUUCUACAGAUUUUAAUGUCUCUAAUUCAGGAUAUGGUGCUAAGGAAGUAUCAGAUCAGCUGGUGCCUGAUGUCAACAUGGAAGAAGAUUUGGACCCAUUCUUUAACUGAGCACAAAGACUGGUGUUCAGAAGGUACAAUGACGAGAUAUCCACAUGAAGGAGUCCUUCCUGACCAUGUUAAAUCACAUCCUGCAUCAGCCUAGCUUGGUAGCGAAAGACACAAAAGAUUCCUUGGUUUGAGAAGGAAUCUCCACAAGGAGCUAAUAUAAACAAAUGUAGCAUGGGGACAGAUUUGGGGGGAGGGAGCCUUGCUAUCAGGUUAGAUUGAUUUGGAGGGGGGUGGGGAAGGCAGCAUGGAGCAAUUGUAGCUUCUCACCUUUUGGAGCCAAGGAGACUGACUGCACAUGCCAAUUCCAGUGCAGAUGUAUCACUCCUAUUUCUGUUUCAUUAAAAUAGUUGCAGUUCACAACAAGUAGAGAAACUUUUUGCCUCAACACGCAUCUUGGCAUCGCACUGUUAAAUGUUUAACUUCAGCCAUUAUUCAGGGAAAGUACAAUUGGCUAUUUUUUUUUUUUUUAAAUCUGAUGUCUAAUAAUUAAUGGGAUUCAUUUAAGAAAAAUUAGAUGCACAUAGACAUGAAAGUGGGUGCUAAAAAAAUAAACAAAAGUUCAGUUCAUGUCUCUUGAUAGCUAUUUUCAACUCAUAUUUCUUCUAAAUAUACUACUUAAUAUUCUUGUCAGGAAAUGACAUUUUAAUGCUUUGUUCCCUUAAGGGGAAGUAACUGUCAUUUAACAAGCUGUUCUGUUUUGUGUCAAAUGGUUUGUUGCAGGAAGCUAUUAUUACUCAAGCUUCCAGAUGCAUUACUGCUAUAAUAUUAAAAGAAGAAAAGAAAACCUAUGUUAUUUUUAAAAGGGUUUGAAAUACUGGCUGCCAUGUUUGCCAUGCUGCACGUAUGUGACUGUAGAGGGCAGAAAGCCCUUGCAUCAGUUCUAGAUUCAGAACCAACCUUUUGUUUAACUGACUGGCCCACAUGUAAAUAGAGGGCUCUUUAUUGAAGAAAAACAUUAACAUUUUUUCUUUUGAAUUUCUCUUGAGAUGGCAACUGUUUUUUUUCUUUGUUUUUUUGUGGAUUAUUUUGUUAUGCCCUGAAUAAGAAAUAAAAGGGUAUUAAUAAGCUGAACAUUAUUAUAAUAUGGAUACUUCUCCCAAAACAUAUGCAGUAAUAUGCACCUUUUGUAUUGUCAAGACUUACUCUAUUUAUUGAAGAAAAUGUCACAGUAGUGAUGUAUUAAGCCAGUACUUCAAUUACGGGUUGACUUGGGAUGACAUGUUACAUGCUGUAGUUAACACAUUUCUUUUCUGUUCAGGUAUUUCUGUCCCUGAAUAACUUUUUAUUUAGCUUUUUUUUUUUUCUAGAUAGCUUUAUUUGAUUUAGACUGGCAAAUGUUUUUAAUUACUGCUUUUAUAUUGCUGUAUGAUAUUGAAAUCUUUGCAUAAAUAUUUGUGUUUCCAGUACCUCAGUUGUUCUGAUAUUACUGCCUGUAUACGUUUUGUGAAGUGGUCAUGUUUUUUGGGUAGGUACAUGUGGACUCUGUAGUAUGUAAAUGUUACUUGAAUUUGUGCUCAAUUAUAGUAUGUGGCAUGUGCGUACAGCUGCUUGGCAUUUGACGUAUGGAUGCUAUUUGCCUGCCCUGCAGGGAAGUUACGGUCCCACUCUUGAGGAUGUUUCAUGGGCCUUUAUCAAAAGAUGAAGCUAGCUGCAGCUGACCUGCCUUGGUUCUAUUUUGGUAACUAAGAAUAUAAAGGGAGUAAUGUUUUUAUGCUCUGAAGAUGGUGCUGUGUCAAGAAGGACUUUUUUUUUUUUAAUUUUAAUUUUAUAAGUACCUUGUAGGAGGAAAGAUUGGUGAUGUGCAUGGUGGGGUUUUACUGCCUCUGGUGCUUUGUCAUGUAUUUGGUUUAAUGUUUUUGUCCUAAUCUCUUCAAUAAAUAAAAUUGUGCAUAUUUAACUAAACCACGGUUGUGAAGGAUUUUUUUUUAUAUGUUCCACGCUGCUGCAGCAGUCUUGGCCAUUUCUCAUCAUUUAGCUUAUAUAGUCUCCAAACUGCAGCUAAGUGCUCGUUAAACCUGUAAAGACAGGCCUCAAAUAGCUUAUCAGAGAACUCUUAAGUCUUCAGACAUAAAUGUCACACUGUUACUUCUGCGAAUGAAAUUAGUUUUCUUGAGGCCUGUUAGGAUGUCCGGAUAAGCCAGUUUUCUUUUUGGUGCACCUGAAUAGCUUCCAUUAAUGAGAGUUACGCUUCUCCAGUGAGACAGUGUAAUUUCUUUGCAGGAUGAAUGUGCUAUCUUGCUCCUCAAGUCCUGAGGGAAUGCAGAUGAUUACCAAAGUCCUACAUGUCAUGUUACCCCUAAAUUCCAUACCAGAGGUGCUAAAGCCAUGGCUGAGGAAACGACUUUCUUUGUUUGGGGCUUGAGUCUCAUACCCUUACUCAUGUUGAUCAGUACUUGACUCCUCAAAUGCUUCAGUUGAUCUCAGUGGAAGGUGCAUUUCAGGGUGUGUGAGUAAGGGUGUUGGAAUCUGAGCUUUUAUGUAAAAAAUAGUGCAGGGUUCUGAAAAAAGCAGGACUCGUUCUUUUCUGGGCAUGUCUACUAGUGUGAAGAGCCACUGCUAACCAUAAUUCACGCUUAGAGUAACACUUCAAAAUAAUGGUGCAUUCAGUGAAAAUCCACUCCUUGGUACAUAAUACAGCCAUUAAUAUCAUGUUGGCUAAUUCUGUACCAUGCUGGUUCAUCCUAGUUUAUUUUCUGGCACACAUCUAAUACGCUGGGUGGUGGUUGUUUGAGAAAUACAAAUUGAUCUUCGUAAUGCCAACCGACAAUGUCAUAUGUGGAAACUCUUGGAGAAAUUCGCUUUUAAAUGAUUCGUGCAUCUGCAGCCAGAGUUUAAAUUACUUGAAACUCUUUCAAAUCAAACUCCUACAAUAAAUGUGCUUUACAGGAAAAAGCAGAUUGUGAUCCCGCACAGAAAAGAUUUGGGGAAGUGUGUGUGUGAGGGGGGUUAUCUCUUCCCUUCCCCUUCCUCCCACCCAACACUCCCAUACGCACCCACCAACCUACCCCGAAACUUACGCAAACAGCUUCUGUUCUGUUUGGGUGGAAAUAGUUGGAUUUAAUUUUACAACAACCUGUAUGCUUUCUUUUUUGGUGCCAGUAAUUAUAUGAAAAAAAAUGUGGCUGACUAAUGACUGCUCAUUUGCAAUGAUUUAUAUUAAACAAUAAAGUAUGCUUGAUGCUGCUGUGAAGGAAGCCUUUGGCACUGGGCGUCAGUUUCUUUACGCAAUGGUGAUGGAAUGCCUUAUCCUUGUAGCCUGAGCUCUGAACUUUCAUGAACCGAGAGCUUAACCUUAGAGGGGUUGGUUUUCAAAUAGUUGAUCUUUGGCUUUUUUCAUUUUAAUCUUAUAGGUGCAUUUAGUGUUCCUGAAAGUAGUAGUAGUUAGGGAUCAAGCAUUGUGGAAUCUUCCCAAUGGCUUUGCUGAUACAGGUCAUGCCUGACUUGACUGCUAUCCCAGACUUGGUACACUCCUGAGCAAAGACUGCCAACCUUGUUCAGUGAAGUGUUGGUUCGUUAUAUGGGCAAGUGUCUAACGAAUUAGAAUGAAAAGCCUCGUUCACAAAUGAAAUCAUUCAUGAGGACACAACCCUACAGCAGGCUUUCAGAGACAAAAAGUUACCAGUAUUGCAGUAUUUACUGUGGUGGUUUUUAAUGCAGCACAACUUUUCUUGUGACUUUCUCAUCCCAGGGGACACAAACAACUUAGUCAUUCAUUCAGCACAGUUGUAUUAUGUAUGCUGAUCACAUUGAAAUAUGGAGGUGCACCAACUUUGUGAAUAAACAUAUUUAAAUUAUAAAUAGUCUCUUCGUGAAUAAAACCAUAAAACCUGUUACUUGUGCUUCCAAAAAAAAAUUCUCUUA